AUGGCUGACGAUGACUGGUACCAGUUUGGUGCUGAUCGCUGUGUGAAGGUCUUUUUCAAAACACCGCAUUUGGACUGGGGAGAUGCAGAGGAAGCCUGUCAGGAAUAUGAAUAUUACACCUACAGUGGCCACUUGGUGUCCAUACACAGUGAAGAGGAGUGGAACGCUGUCAUAUGCAUCAUGUAUAGAGUCCAUCCUGGAAAACCAACUUAUUGGAUCGGUCUCACCAGGGAUCCAUACUUGUUUUAUUACAAGUGGUCAGAUUAUUCCACAGUCAACUUUGGAAGACUGGUGGGUGCAGAGCCUGACGAGCUUUGGGGGACCGAGUACUGUGUGGAGAUGAACUACGGACAUUGGGGUCACUGGAACCGCAACAAAUGUUCGGACCGUAGACCCUACAUGUGCCAAGUACGAUAUUAA